CCCUAGAUUUUUGCAAGCUUCUCAUCUUACAAAAUUAUCGUUAUUCUCGACUUUCAUCAUGAAAAUUGAGACCGAUUCCUUCAGUAGCAACAAGAUCUACCCGGGCAAAGGCAAACUUUAUGUCCGGACAGAUAAUAGGGUCUUUCGAUUUGUUGGAUCAAAAUCCGAAUCUUUGUUCCUACAACGAAAGAAUCCACGUAAAAUAAGUUGGACACAGGUUUACCGUCGUAUGCAUAAGAAAGGUAUUACUGAGGAAGUUGCAAAAAAACGUACACGCCGUACGGUCAAACAUCAAAGAGCUAUUGUCGGUACAACUUGGGAAGCUAUACGUGCUAAACGAAACCAAAAACCUGAAGUAAGAGAAGCUGCUAGACAAACCGCUCUACGUGAAGCUAAAGAGAAAAAGAAAGCCGAUCAAGCAAAAAGAAAAGCCGACAAAGCUAAGACUGCUCAAGCUACUUCUCGUGGGCAAUCUAAAAUUUCUAAGCAACAAGCUCGUGGAGCUCCUCAAAAAGUUGCCGCAAAGAGCCGUUAAAUAAAUUUCAUAAUAAUAAUAUUAUUAAAUAGCUUAGAUAUGUUUUUACAUUAAUAAAAUUAUAUUAUUAUUCGAUAUUCUACUCAAUUUCUCAAUUUAAUUCAUUGCCCAAUGAUUUAUUGAAAUAACACCCUAGACGAGCUAUAUAAAUUCUAUUGAUUAUUAUUCAUUUUGAAGUAUUAUGUCAAGAGAUGAACACACUUUAUCUAAACAAUCAAUUUUCUCUACCGAUUUUUACUUAAAAUAAUUUAAUAAAUA